AUGAACGGCGGCCGUUUCAGCAGCGCAGCAGCCAUGGAGCCGCAGCCGGAUGGGAAUCACCACUGCAUCCAGUUCUGGCGCACCGGCAACUGCCAGUGGGUGGGACGCUGCCGCUUCCCUCACCAGUGCUACAUCUGCGGCAGCCCCGCGCACGGCACCGGCCAGCACAACAUGGCGGCGGCCGGCGGCAUGCCGCCCGGGAUGCCGCCGCCUGGUGGUCCGCCCAUGGGCGGGAUGGCGCCGCCUCCGUCCUAUGGCAUGGGUGGUGGCAUGGGAGGCAUGGGUGGUGGGGUGCCCCAGCCCGCGGGCGCGCCCGUGGCCGGCGACUGGCAGUGCGCCGGCUGUGGCUGGGGCAACUACCCAGAGCGGCAGUCGUGCCGCAAGUGCCACAUGCCGCGCCCCGCCGCGGCGUCGCAGGCGCUGGCAGCCGCCGGCGCGCUGCUGGCCCCCCCCGACGGCAAGCAGCACUGCAUCCAGUUCUGGCGCACCGGCAACUGCCAGUGGAUAGGGCGAUGCCGCUACCCUCACCAGUGCUACAUCUGCGGCAGCCCCGCCCACGGCACGGGCCAGCACGCGUCCAUGGCCGUGGCGACCGCCUCCGCCACUGCCGCCGUGGCCUCGGUGGGCGCCCUGCCGGCGGCCGCCGCGCCGCACGUGCCCUCGCCCGCGCCGGCGCCCGCGCCCAUGCCAGCGCCGGCGCCGCACGUCGUGGAGGUGCCGCUGGCCGCCGCGCCCGCCCCAGCCCCAGCCCCAGCCCCCGCGCCGGCCACCGAGCCCGCCCCCGCGCCCGCGGCCGAGCCGCCCGCUGCAGAUGCCGUGCCCCCGGCUGAGGAGGCACCGGCUCCGGCCGACGGCAUCGAGGAGCGCGGCCGCGCCAGGAGCCGCAGCCGCAGCAGGAGCCCCUCCAAGAAGGCGCCCCGCUCGCGCAGCAGGAGCCGCAGCGGGCAGCGCGCGCCGCCUCCCGAGGAGGAGGCCCAGCAGUAG